UCCUCUGUCUCCCUCUCUCUUCUUUCUUUUUCUCUCUCUCUCUCUCUCUCUUGCUCUCUCUUUCUCUUUCUCUCUCUGUCCUCUCUCUCUCUCUUUCUCUGUUUCUUUCUUUCUGUGGUUUUCAGCCGGAUGUCUCAGAACUCUUAGCUCUCUCAUACUGUAUACUAUACUACUUGCUCUUCAAGUUGACCAUUUUAACAACAGUAAACCAACUCUUUUGAUGAGGCAGCUGUUCUAUACGUAGUCGACUGAAAUCUGUGAAAAAAGUCAACUAGAUCUGUAGUUCUAGAUCUGUAGUCAAAAAACCCAGUUUAGUGAAGUAUUUUCAUCACCUAUAGGCCUAGAGGAAUCUCUCUCCUCAAUAACAACAUCAUGGGAAUGGAUUCAAGCCAUCCAAUCCAAAUUAAUGUACAUUCUGAAUUAGAGACUUUUUUCCAUUGAUAUUGAUGUUUUUUAGUGAGGUGAAGUGAAUGUGUGGUGACAGAAGCCCUAGUGGAUGACAGUGUCAUUCUAUGAAUGCUCCCAACAAAUUCACAACUAUGGGUCUCUUGACGUAGACAACAGUAGAUGUAGUGAUUAAGAAUGAGGGCAAAUUUGAAUGAUUAAUACAGCAUUUUUACUAAAUCCAUAAUGAUAAGAAGUCUGAUUCAGUCCAGCCUGUGACUCUGUACAAUGUGAAGAAGAUUGUCCUUCCUGAAUAAGGCGUCAACAAAAAUGAUGCGUCCAGUUCGACCAAUCACCUGUAACUCCAUUGUUGAAGUGUUGUCUACAUAGGUGGACUUUUUCUACUCAAGACAAGUUGUGAGGAGGAUGACAACUUCAAAGAGGAUCACACUUUGUCUGAUAUUUCCACUUCUUGUAGAGAUGGAUGUGGUAGCUGGUACUGAAUCCUCAUCCAUACUUCAGGACAGUGGUUUCACAUCAGCCAACGUUGGAGACACAGUGAUUGUGCACUGCUUCUAUAAAGGCCACAUAGCCAUGCAUUUCUCCUGGUACAAGCAACCCUUGGGAGAUAAGCUUCAACUCUUCUCAACUGUCUAUAAGUUUGAGAGGAACGCAACCUUUUACCAUGAGUUUAAGGAUAACCCUCGAUUCUCAGUGGAAAACGGCCAAGAAAAGAAUCAUCUAAGGAUCUCAGACAUGCAGCUCUCUGAUUCAGGCACAUACUACUGUGGAAGCGCUUAUGGCAACAAGGUGGAGUUGGGAAAAGGAGCCAUUCUCUUGGUAAAAGGCUCAGGGUCCAGAAACAUAUCUGUGCUCCAGCAGCCUGUGUCUGAGUCAGUCCAGCCAGGAGACUCUGUGACACUGAACUGUACAAUACACACUGAGACCUAUGUAGGAGACCACAGGGUCUAUUGGUUCAGACAUGGCUCAGGAGAAUCCCUUCCAGGAAUCAUUUACACCCACGGAGACAGGAGUGAUCAGUGUGAGAAGAGCCCUGGGGCUGGGUCUCCUACACAGAGCUGUGUCUACAACCUCCCCAAGAGGAACCUCAGCCUCUCUGAUGCUGGGACUUACUACUGUGCUGUGGCCUCAUGUGGGGAGAUUCUGUUUGGGAAUGGGACCAAGCUGGACAUUCAAGUUCCAGAACAUGACUCUCCAUUUGAUAUGAGUCCUACUGUUCUGGCCUUGGUCGUCUCCAACAUCGUUCUGGGGAUAGUGACCAUUCUACUUGUCUGGCCACUGUGCAAGAACAGAGAUAGCAGAGGGAGGACUGAUGUCCCAACGUCUCAGGGCAAUCAGGAUCAAGACAGUGACAUGUUGAACUACGCAGCUGUCAGUUUCACCCCUAAGAAGUCCUCCUCUAGAACAGUGAGAGAGAAGACCAGCAGAGAGGAUGCAGUGUACUCUGAUGUCAGAUACCUUCAGCAGCAGUGAAAGAUAUCCCCAGUGUCACAGACUACAAAAAUAAGUUGUACUAUUUGUAGCAUAAUAACACUGCUUUUAGUACCAAAAAUUACUAUGGAAUUUUCAAUGUAACAAAUAAACUGUUGUUUUAACAUGGUCUGUAUGCUAGAUGUAUAUAAAGAUCCUGUGAAGCCUUAAAUAGCUUAACUUUUUACAGCUUUUUAUUGUAAGAAGUCAUAUGACAGAGAAUCCCAUUUUCGCUCUAUUACUAUGUGUUUUUAACAUAAUAAACCAUACAUUUUUACGUUCUGUACAUCUCUAUUCUCUGUCUACAGUAAAUCUCUGCGACCA